CUAGUAACCAAGCUGUCAGUGCUUGUUGAUGAAAAGCUCUCUGACGCUACAGGAAGUAGACUGUGUCUGAGCUGACGUCAUCUUUGUAUUCUCCGCCCCUGCAGUCAGCAGCAGGUCACGUUGACCAUCAGGUCAGAUCACACCAGCUGGUAAAACAACCCACCUCUGUGACUCUGCGGUGCAGUGUAGUCUCCCGCCCAGCAGGUGGCGUCCCUGUGAGACUGACGGGACGCGGACGCCGGCGUCCUUGUGUUUCCAGGUUAGUGGAUGUAAACAGGAGGACGUUCCCCUGUGGAGACAACAUGAGCAGACUCGAGCUGCUGAACGUGUUUCUCAACGACAGGCUGACGGCGGCCGCUGAGGAGAUUUUCCGCGCCGUGAAAGACGCGGUGGUGGAGUACCAGAGUGAGAUCCUACGCUCCAAGCAGGAGAACGAGCGGCUCAAGCGGCUCCUCAACGUAGCCGUGCAGCGUCUGCUGCUGCAGCCAGAGCUUCACUCUGUCCAGCCCAGAGAGGAUGGCCAGUCCUGUGAGUCUGAGUGGAGAGGCAGUGUGGAGCUGCUACCUCAAGUUAAAGAAGAACCAAAACUCACAAACCUUCAGACUGAGUGUUCACAUGAAGGACGAGACUCAGAGGAAGGAAACUGUAGUCAUGUGGAGCCAGAUCAAAGGUCACAUCCUCCACCAGCCAAGACUGUGUGCAGCAGACUGAGCGUCUCCCCACCUCCACUCACGUCCCAGGAGAUUAAGGCAGAGAGCGGCAGAGAGGAUGACAGCUCAGCAUCCUCUCUGUAUGUUCAUUCACACUGUAGAGCAGCUCACAGUGAUUCUGGUGCCAGUCCUGCAAAGACUCACAGGACUCAGAAACCAGACCAGCAGAUGAAAGGGCUGAUCCGCUCAAACGGAAAACCGAGCGCACACAUACUGCAGAUCAAGAACGUGAGAUCCCUGAAGCCGCCACUGCCUCGGUCCACUCACCCGAGCCAGAGCAUCCAGAGGUGGCACAGCUGUAAGGAGUGCGGGAAGGGCUUCAGCUUCGCCUGCCAGCUUGAGGUCCACAUGCGCUGGCACACCAAGGAGAAGCCGUACAGCUGCACAGUGUGCAGGAAGAGCUUCACCACUGUCAGCAUGCUCAAGAGGCACCACCGCAUCCACACCGGGGAGAAGCCCUUCCGCUGCCACGUCUGUGGGAAAUGUUUCAACCAGUCAGCUCACCUCAACACCCACUUCAGGCUCCACACCAGAGAGAGGGCCGUCUGGAGCCGAGCGCCACACUGCAAGUGAACGACAGCCUUCAGACUAACAGGAAGUUCAUCUGUCAACUGUGAAACGCUUGAGAUGUCAGGUUCAGACUGUACAAUAAUGGUGUUUGAUUGUGUGUCUUAUUGUUGUGCAAUAAAGCGCAGUAUAUGAGUCA